ACGCACACACGGAGAGAAUAACCCAGUUCUGUUUAAUUAGAACCAGGUAAAGAGAGAAAAAAGAACCGGAUUAAAGAACCCGACUGUGCGGGUAACAUCGCGUGUAUCUGCUUGUGCGGGUCUAAAGCGAGCACAUCCUUAUAAUAAGCAACCUGGAGGAAUAAAACACGCCAUUGUGCUGUUAGAUCCAUAAGAUUUCCAUCGGACUACUUUAUUUACACGCUAAUACACAAGAAAUGUCUGCACCAGGCCCAGCCGGCGCUCCCGCCUCAGAAGGAGGGAAUCAGCCCCCUCCCAACAUGACCAGCAACCGCCGCCUGCAGCAGACGCAGGCUCAGGUGGACGAGGUGGUGGACAUCAUGCGUGUGAACGUAGAUAAAGUUCUGGAGAGGGAUCAGAAACUUUCGGAACUGGAUGACCGGGCAGAUGCGCUGCAAGCUGGAGCCUCACAGUUCGAGACCAGUGCUGCUAAAUUGAAGAAUAAAUACUGGUGGAAGAAUGCCAAGAUGAUGAUUAUUCUGGGAGUGAUAUGUGUGAUCGUGCUCAUCGUCAUUAUCGUCUACUUCAGCACCUAAAGGGCAAGUCUCCUACCCCAGUCAACACCCGGAUUACAAGACUUCACCUACCCACCCACAAAGUGUAAAUCUGUGCCCUUGAUAAACCCAUAAGGACCCCAGUCUCUCUGCACCCCAGACCCAACCUGUCAGAGUGUGUGUGUGUGUGUGUGUGUGUGUGUGUGUGUGUGGUUGUACCUUCCCUGUAAAUACCUUCAGUCUCUCUGAGAUCUUGUUCACAAACUCAAACAGCAAUCAUGGCUAUCUCUGAUCUACGGUGUGUGCGACUCGUCCUGGUUUGUAGAGUUCUAUUCAGUUUUGUAGUGUGUAUGUGAGCGUGUUUGUAUUUCUUUGUAUUAUUUUUGUAUUGUUUCUUUUUUGUACAACUUGGCUUGACGAACUGCCUAAAGAUCUGUGUGUAUAUAGCGCACAUUCUUUCUCCACUGUUUAAGUGUGUACUUGAACACCUCUUUAACUAAGGUACUCAUACCAAACUCUAUGCCGGAGUUUCCUUAUAUUUUUUUCUCUCAGAAAAUAGUCGCCUUUUUCGUAAAC